CUUCGAUGAUAAAUGUUUACUAUAUAGCUACGUAUCCGACUCAAAAACAAAAAUGACGUGGAAAGGCUCUGCAAACUGUCGGUUUAUUAUAAUAGUACAGGUUGUUGCAGCUAUGUUUGCUCUGAUCACCAUUGCUGUCCAGGGUUACUUUUUACUAAAACGCAAAUCACAUGGAACUUCUGUGCCCCUUCUGUUUACCGGUCUCUACACAGUCUCCUUUACCUUUAUCCUCGUUUCAUCUUGCAUCCUAUCCGCGGGAUUCAAAGAGUACUGCGAUUCUUGGCUACAGUCAUUAGGAGAAAGAGAUCUCAACUGCAGAGCUGUUCAGCGAAUUCAAUGGAGUAAGGCUUCAUCUAUUAAAGGGGACAGAUUUUACGACGUACUAUCGACGGCACAGACAGCAACGUGGAUAUCGUUUUCAGUGUGGAUGAUGUUGCCUCUGGUUGCAUGGGCCGGGGUACGUUUUGUAACGAAUCGACGCCAUCAAGAACCAACAUCGGACAUACCCACGUGAUCCAAUGUCUCAGCCAAUCAGCUUCAAGUGUUUAAUGUGGAGUGCGCCCGCCCUCGAAUCGGGGAGUCAAGGACUUUAUAUAUUGUGUUUUUUCGAUCGCACUUGAAGUUGGAUAUGUGCACGUUGGUCAACUGUAUUGCCGACAUUUGGACGAUUAUAUGAUGUCUUUAACCCAUUCAUCACUGAAUUCGAUCAUUCCCGUAGGCUUUAACGCAGGAGCCAUCAGGUUCCGGUAGGCAAUGAGCUUUUACAGGUAAUGUUUUCAUCCUGGUAUACAUGAUGCAUGCGGAGAUGCAAACAAAACUAACUGUGAUGUUUUCGCUAGUUUUGUGUAUUUGGCCGAUAGUCAUUUUGGGGAAAUAAAAGUCUUCAAAUGCCGUGUUCUAAUGGCGGUUGGUGAAGAGUUUAAAGGCAUUCAAGAGGAAAUCAGAAUGUUCAACACUGAAAGAUGCAAACCAUUCUUUUCUAAGAAACGAUUUACUUUUGUUAUUCCUUGAAAACAUCACGUCUCCAAAAGUACAGUCUCGUUUGGAUACGACGCGACCAACCGCAGUGUAUUUUAUUUUAGGAUGACGUAAAUAUAUAACACAGAGCUCGGUCAAUAUACGCGUACGACAUCUGUUGCGCGCAGUUGCUUUUCAUACUACUUGAUAUCUGAAUGAACCUUAACUGUGGCCUGGUUCCCCCCCCCCCCUCCCUCGAAUUCAUGUUCCCAAAAUUUCCAUUAGAGUGGUGCUUUUCCGUCAACGAAGCCCGGCCCGUAUUAGCUAUUGACUUUAAUCACCGGAGAUAUAGGGGUGCUUUCAAGGGAG